UCAGCUGUUUUACUGAGCCAUGAGCUCCAUGAAGAGAGUCCAGUGAUUCCACUAGAUGGAUCCUUCCAGCGUGAUCUCCAGGAUCCAGACCUGCACACACUCAGACUGCGGGGAUUUAUCUGCCUUGUAGGAGGAUCGCAUCACUCACCCCGACUGGUGAGAGAGCAGGAAUUUGUGUGUGUGUGUGUGUGUGUGUGUGUGUGUGUGUGUGUGCGUGCGCGGUUUGAGGGCGUGAUCUCAUCAUUAAGAGAAGUAAGAAGUUUCUGGUUUGAAGUGAAGAAGAAGAGAAGCAGCAUUAAACCAUCAGAGCUCUGAGAUGAAACACACUUUGGUCUGCUUCAUCUUCCUCACAGCACUUCAGGAUGGAAACACUGGUUUGGUCAAAGCACAAACUCUCACCCACAGAGCAGAGGAAGGAGGAAACAUCACAGUUGGGUGCAAGUUUUAUUUCUCUGGAAGCAGGAAACUGUUCUGUAAGGAAAAAUGUGAAAAAGGAAACAUUCUUGUUGAAACAUCUGAUGAUGCAGCUCAGAACGGCAGAUACAGCAUUAAAUAUGAACAAACAGAUACUCUGUCAUAUAUUAUGUAUGUGAGCAUCACACAGCUGAACCAGUCUGACUCAGGAUGGUACAGGUGCUCUUUGGACAGAGUCCUGUGGACAGAUGGAAACGAUGAUUUUGAGCUGAUUGUCACAGAAGCUUCAACCACUUCAACACCAAACGGGACUCUGAGACCUUUUUCAGCUUCAGUGUUUCUCUCAUCAGCCUCCAAACCACCAACAACACAGAGUUUAAGCUCAACUUCAGGAAGCUCCACACCUUCAUCAGCCUCCUCUGGAAGUUCAGGACCUCCUGUGGAAUCUGAGCGUGCUGACAUCACACAGGGCAACAACAUAUAUGUAGAGAUCAGAGAGGAGGACAGACAGAGCAGCUCACCUCCUGCAGGAGUGUUUUCAACAGAUGCUACACCAAAAGCCUCCAACCACAUGGAGAUGAAAACAAUAGACCUCCACAGCCUCUCCGCCUCUCCUCAGAACAAAGUCCAUGCCAGCCCUGCCGACCACACCACAGAUGCUUCACCUCCUCAUCUGUCCAAAAACAUCAGUAGUGAUGCUGCUGAUGGAACCUCGGUGGCUAACAGAUGAACAGAAUCCAUACAACAUUUAACAGAUGGCAUGAUGGUAUGACUGACAGGCUGUUCCUGGAGCAAGAUCCUUAAAUGCAGUCAGCAAAAAGGCUCCAGGUGGCAAACUUCAUCUAUUUUAUGUUAGUGUGUCUUUUAAUCAAACCACUGGAACUCAGAUAAACUUCUGUGUCACCUGUUACUGUUGUCAUCAGUCAGACUGAAACAAACACAAUAAAAA